UGGACCGGCGCCGUACGACAAGGUCAGUGUCGGUAUCUUUUGGGUCUGAAUGCACGAGCGGGCUUACAGCUCACUGUGCAGGCAGUACAAGUCAUCGUCGUGUUUGGACGCACGGGGAUGGGCGUCAGCUCUCUUGUAAACCUCAUUCUCGGGCGAGAAGAAGCACCCUAUCAUAGCGACAUUCAUCCGUGCACGCUCGAGCCGACUUUUUACAGAACGGAAAUUGACGGGCAGGAAUUCGAAGUGUAUGACUUUCCUGGGUUCAGAAAGGGGUUUUCCCCAGCAAAACUUAUCGGGAGACUGCAUCGCGAGCGUGGGAUUGACCUGGUCAUCAACUGCAUCCGACCAAAGGACGGUACUGUGAAGGGGUACUACAACGCCGUCCGAUCAGCCGUACCCGACAGAGUGCCUAUAGUAGCGGUUGUGACGGGCUUGGAAAGACAUGGAGGUGAUAUGGAAAACUGGUGGUUGAGGAACGGAGGGGACCUACUGGGAAAAGGUCUCAAAUUCGUCGACCAUGCAUGCGUAACGACACUCUCGCCUGAAGACGUGUCCUACAACCUGGACCUGUAUGGGAGGCGAAUCGAAUCUACGAGAGCAGUAAGAGACCUGAUUAUAAGAUGUUGUAAUUGACAAGGGUUCGUUGUGGUAUUUUUAGGUUGUACUCGUGCGUCUUUUUCUUUUCGAUGCCCCUCUUUCGUGUACUACAUUUCGCGUACUAGUUGUAAGUGAUACCCUCCGUAUGCUCCAGGUUUCGGCGCUACCUUGUACUUUUCAUGUGCAUAGCCACUCUCCACAGAAUUAUCUGUAUGGUAUUUGACGGACUCAUGACCGCGGGCGUAGGAUGUUGGCCAUUCACACCAAAACAGGUGUGGAUGGUUUAGUUGCUUCCCGAAGCCAGAAGAAGCGGAAACUGAACAGGUAUAACCAUGCAUUCACCC